AUGGCCUUUACAGCAGCGAAAGAUUCAGGGCGUGCCAUGUUGAUGGAAUAUACUCCACCGACUCCACCGCUUACCCCAAAGAAAAACCAACUACUCAAACCAGCUAUAUCCUGGCAAAGUCCUCUUAUCGAAUCGACUAGAAAUCAUUUGGAGGAGCGGCUAGUCAAGAACGAAGAGUUUAGCGCAAAGUCAAUGCAAUCCAAGUCUAAGGAAACUGCAUCUGCUGACUCCAUUGUUCCAAAAAAGUUUGCGGCUGCACCACCUACAAUUCUUUUACCUCCAGUACAUUUGCUUUCUUCUGAAGUUUCAGAUAGUGAAACAACUAUGGUAGACGAGGAAAAUCCAAUGAGAACAUUCAAACUGCAAGACCCACCGAAAGGUAAAGUUAAAGCUGUUUCCAAAAAAUGCAGCAGUCGUGAUGAGAGCGAUUUAGUUUUCAAGUCUUCUGAACCAGCCAGUCCUUCACGUGCAAAAUGUCAAACUUCCAUAACUCAAUACAUGUUUCCAGCUUCCCAUCAGCCAUCAAGUGGACAGUAUAAAAGUAAAAUUAUAUCUUCUCCUCAUCAUUCAUACAAAACUACGCAGUCCCCAUGUACACCAUCGAAACGGGCCCGAAAUAAUGACUCUACGGAUGAUGAAACCUUAUUUGUAUUUCCCUCGGUUCCUAGGAACAACACAGUCAGGAUUCCUACUUCUCCUCUUGCUUCUCCUAGCCCAAACUGGAAAAAAUACCGCAAAAGAUCAAUGGAUGGUCACUUCUUUAGUGAUACAGAAGUGGCUGAUGAUUUUUUAGAACUGAACAUGUCAUCAUCGCCCCUCGUUCAAUUUGAUCCAAUGUUUUACGGACGAGGACGAAGUUCGGAUGAAGCGACUGACGUAUCACCUAGAUUAGAAAAAACCAUCGACUAUAGAAAUAUGACGCAUUUUCAUGAGAACAGCCAGAUGGAGAAAGAUAAUUCUGUAUCGAGCAGAUAUGAGCGACUUAGUUGCGAAGAAGCCUCGCCACAUAAGAAUUGUUCUCUACACAAGCUGUGCAAUUCUUCCCCAGUUUGCCAUCAAGAACUUUCUUCUCCAGCCUGUGGAUUUUGUCAUUACGAGAGUGUCAGUGUGGACCAAGAUCCGAAUUUUGUGCCUUAUCCAACAACUCCAGUAAAAAGAGAAGAGGUCGAUGGAGAAUCUUACUUUGAAGCUGUUUCCUGCUCCAUGAAGAACAAAACAAAAAACGGACCUGGUAUCAUUCACGAUAAGGUGUGCGAGGAACACUGUCAGCAAAACAUGCAUUAUAACUGGGCACGUCCAUUUAAACAUUCUAUAUCUGAACUCGUUCCAUCAGAAUUUAAUCAUAAACCAGAAUGUGCCCUCCCAGAGAGUUUCCCAUUCGUGUCUACUUUUAAGUCUGCCUACGAUGAACAGGGAAUUUAUCGAAGAGAUGAAUCUUGUUGCGCUUGGCCCACGAAAGAUGAUGAUCGUCCCGGAAAGAUAUUGUGCCGGCGCGUUUCUAAUAAAGAAUCAAUUCGAGAAAGAGAGUAUCUACACGACGAAAGAUACUGGAUCUAUAUGAAGAACUGUACAAAGGAUUACGCAGCUAGUCAUACGAUGUCUUCACAUUCAGAAGAGAAUCCCACUUCAUCCAUUCGGACAUCAACUUCUUGUAAUGUCCAUCCAGAUUCUCCAUUAUUUUCUCAAAGCAGCCGAAUAGUAUCUCAGCACCCUUCAACAAGCCCUACUCAUAUAGCAAGAUCACCUGUACCUAUGAAACUAACUUCGCCGACUCUAAAGUCGCGUUUUUCUGUCUCACCUUCAAGUAAAUUGCAACAGUUUCACUUAUCAAAGUCCCCAAUAUCAGAAAAAUAUUUAGAGAGCUCACCAAAUUCGUCGGCAUUUAUUGAGCACUGUGCAGCAGAAAGCAGUUCUUUGACACGACGCAAAUCACCUGUUCAGUCCCCCAGUGGAUCAAAUAUGAAAACAUUUAUAUUUCCGUCCAAACAUUGUCCCAGGUCACAUGCAAGUACAUUAAAUGCCCCUUGGUCCUCAACUUGUUUAAAUCCAUCGUUUCACUCCAGGUAUCAAUACAGAACUUCACCGUCGUCUUCUAAAUGGCAAGAUGAAGAACAUGGCAUACCCAAUGGGUUGACGAGGAGACGUCUAUUUUGCAAAUCUGAUGCAUCUCAAGACUCGAUAAUCAGUUCAAAGGAAGAGGAGACAAAAAAAAUAUUACACUGUUGUCACUGUGCAGACCAGAGCCAUCUACUGGGCUACAGUGGCGCUGAUAGCAUGCUCACUUUGGAGAAAACUGUAAACCGUUUCAUUCCCGGUCAUUGUGACGAAGCAAGGGAACCAUGCGAAUGUUAUGAACGAGCCCGACCGCACCAGAGUUACAAGAAAUGUCUUUGUCUGCAGAAUCAUCAAAUAUCUGAUGAUUUGGAGUAA